AAGUCUCUCACGAGACCAGUUACAUUUCUGAUGGCGCCCCUUGAGUGAACAAUAUAUCUGCACUCCGACCCUUUACCAAUACAUGUGCAUCUGUAAAACUCACACUAUUAAAAAGCGGCUUCACUUUUCCUAUUUCGUCGUAAAAAUUGUUUUGUUUAAUAACAUGGAAAAGCCCGAGGUGACUCCUCCAAAUGGAAACCCUCGUAGAAAAAUUUUGAAUAUGGCUGUGUCUGGAAUACUUUUGGAAAAAGGUUUCGACAGCGUCGAUAAAGAAUGCCUAGAAACAUUGACUGAAAUGAUCCAAAGUUUGAUCACAGAAGUGGGAACGUCAGCUCGAAGUUAUUGUGAACUAUCAGGCAGAACAAUUCCUGUUCUUGGAGAUGUAGUGGUAGCCCUAGUGAACAUGGGAAUUUCCUUACAAGGCCUUGAAGCAUUUGCUAAACGAGAAAAUCGCCAAGUUAUACCACUGCCACCCCUAGCGUCCCAGCAAAAGCAAUUGAAUCUUUUGCAAGCCGGCACAAAAAAUUCACAUCCUCCUCAUAUACCAAGCUAUUUUCCGGUUCUGCCAGAUCCACACGCAUACAUUCGAACUCCGACUCACAAACAACCAGUAACGGAGUAUGAAGCUAUUCGUGAAAAGGCAGCGACUCAAAAGAGGGACAUUGAAAAGGCAUUGACUAAAUUUCUUUCUAAAACUUCUGAAACCCACAGCCUUUUCGACACUGACGAUAAUAUGUUUCCUUUAAUCGCAUGCAAACCAUCAUUUCCACCGUAUCUUGGAGCUCUAAAUCCCACCGACCAGGUAUUUGACUUCGAAGAAUUAGAGUACCAUUAUUUGGUAGCAAACAGGACAGAAGAUGCUCCGAGUAAAGACAAUGAGACAGAAAGUGGUAAUGAGGACGAUGGCGACGAUAAUAAAUCUGAAAAACAAGAGAAAGAUCCAAAAGUUGAAACAGAAAUCAAACCAAAUUCAACUACAAAUAACGCUAUUCUUAACAAUCCUAAUAUUGACAAUCCCUAUUUGAGAGCUGCCACUCUGCCAAAAAAACCAAAAGUUGAACAAAUUCUUCCUGGACCGAAUUCUACACUGCUUCAAUAAGACUUAAUUUUUUGUGCAUCCCAACUGGGCUAAAGUAAAAUUUGCCAUCACUUAAUGUUUUCGAAGUAACCUCAAAAAAGAAGUUAAUUUCAAGAGGAGCGUUCGUGUCCGAACUCCAACUCCAACUCCAAAAAAUCUUGAUAAGCUGAAAACUGCAAGGAAAGAAAAGUCAGAGUAUAGUCCAGGUCCUGAACUAAUUUUUAACUAAGCACACAACGAAAAGUAUUGAUUAAUAUACGUAAAGCGUUUUUUUUUAAAUGCUUAAUUGCCUUUUUUAUUAAAAAAUAAAACAGAAG